AAAAAAUAAAAUAUGAAAUACCAAACUGAAAAAUAAAGACCAAAUGUAAAAAUAAUCUUUGUUGUAUUUUUGUUUCUGAUUUUCUUUGUAUUAUUCUUGAUUCCUCCCUCAAUUUUACAUACUGUUCUAGGGGGUUUUAUAGCCCCAGUUUACAUGUAAAUAUAUAUAUAUAUAAUAUUUGUUGUUGUUUUCUGAUUUGCUGAUAAGGAUGUUGGGACGUGGAUGGUGCUUAGGAGGCCACGGGUGGAGUUGUCGGAAGCUACUGGAGUGUAGAGGGACAGCUGGGUUGCUUGCUGUAAGUUAUUGGAUGGAGGGGGAACAUCUGUUGUUGCUGGAAGCUGCUGGAAUACUGAUGUGGUGGAGUUGCUGUCAAGAUAAAAAUGGUGAUUACAGGAAAAUGAAGGGGAGACGUACAGUUUCCCUUGUUUGGAGUGUGUUCAAGACAAACUCAACUUGGGAUUUGCCUACAUCUCCUAUCCAUAAUUCUAUAUUUCGGAGUUCAUCCACUAAACUACAUAGAGGAGAGAAGGUCGGUUAUGUACAACACUCAAGGAGCUGUCAGUCGACCUGCAUGUCCCAAUGACAUCCAUGACGGUUCAGCCGGAUUAAAUGCAACUUCUCGACAAAUGGUUCGAGAAUCUCAGCCUCUUCUUCCGGAGCAAAGGCCAUGCAAAUGCUAAGCUCUUGCAUUGCCUUGCCAUAUUCCCGACAUUAUUUUAGUUAUCAAAUUUAGUUCCAUCCAUCAUUACCCAAACCCUCUUUAAAAAAAAAAACCAAAGAAUUUUCGGAAUUCAUACCUGUUAUAAUACAGCAUCAUGCCAUGAUCUCUCGUCAGCGCCCAAUUAUGUGGCUGCAGACUCAACAAUCUUUCCGAAGCCAUGAUAGCC